UCAUGAUAAGCAGCAGCAGGAGCAGCAGCAGAGGAGGAAGAAGAAAGCCUUAUAAGGAGCAUAACCAGCGGAUAAAGUUGGAGUAUUGUGGAGCGGAGGGUUUCUCUAUUUUUCCUGUUUGUUAGGUUUGAUUUUACCGCAGGAAGUUAUGACUUCGGUGUGGAAAAGACUGCAGCGAGUUGGUAAAAAGGCUUCAAAGUUUCAGUUCAUUGCUUCUUACCAGGAACUCGUUUUGGAGUGUAGCAAGAAAUGGCAACCAGACAAGCUGAGGGUGGUGUGGACCAGGAGGAACAGACGCAUGUGUUCCAAGCUCCACAGUUGGCAGCCUGGAAUCAAGAACCCCUACAGAGGCAUGGUGGUGUGGCCUGUCCCGGAAAACAUCGACAUCUCUGUUACUCUCUUCAAGGAUGCCAAUGCCGAUGAAUUUGAGGACAAAGAAUGGACCUUCGUCAUUGAGGGUGAAAAUAAGGGUCACCGUAAGGUACUGGCAUCCGUUGACAUCAACCUGAAGCGGUUUGCCAGUCCCACGUUAACCCAGACUGACCUGACACUGAAGCUGAAGCCGCUGUCUGUCAAGGUGGUGGAGGCCACGCUCAAGCUGUCCCUCUCAUGUGUCUUCAUUCGUGAGGGAAAAGCCACUGAUGAAGACAUGCAAAGUCUUGCCAGCCUGAUGAGCGUCAAACCCACAGAUAUCGGCAACCUGGAUGACUUCAAUGAGAGCGAUGAAGAAGAGGACAAGAAGUCUGUGACUGCUACAGGCUCAACAUUCCCCCUCGCUCAGGUGGACGAGGAAACGACCUCCACCGUGAAAGAAACAGAUUCUCCUAAAAAUAACCAGGCUGCUUCAAAGAGCAAGACGUCAAUUCAGCCAGUCAGAGCAGCCCAUGAUUCAAAGGUGACCAUCACAGAAAACAAAGUCGGCCCAACACAGAUCAGCUCACACAGAGAGGAUGCUGAUGAGGUGCACACCCCUGUUAGGCAAGAGAGCCAACCAAAACAAGGAAAAGAUGGAGAUGCACACUGCAUUGUUGAACUCUCUGCUCAGCCCAGCGCACCACCAGUUAAAGAGGAGCCCAAAGAGCCAGAGGGACCCAGGAUGGAAUCAGCAACCUCACUCGAGGUUCCCCCCCGAGAAGCUGGCGAGCGCAUGACUCUGGUGCUGGAGCAGCUUCAACCCUCAAAACCAGAACCAGAACUGCGGGCGGAACGAGAUCUUCAUCCGUCAGGAAAACCACAACAGGAGGGAGCAGAUGAGGAGAAACCAGCCGAUGCCGUGCCUGGUGGUCAGGAGCAUUUCAUCAACAAUAAAGACUCAGUGUGUGAGGCAGAAAACCAGCUGUGGGCAGCUGUGGAGGAGACGACCACCGAGAUAGGAGUGGAAAGAGGGAUGGAAAGUAGUGAGAGCAAGGAAGAGAAGCUGAAAGAGGAGGAAGGUGUAAUAGGGGGGCCAAAACACCAACGGCCUGACCCCCCUGAUGGUGUGGUAAAGAAACCGCCAGAAAACUCUUCCAGCAUACCCCAUCACUGUGAGAUCAAGUCAUCUCGCCUUCCUACAUUACCAGAGGAAGAAACUUCUGACCUCAGGACCCCUGGUCCUGUUACAGUGGUCAGAGAGGAGGCUGAUGGGAAGGAUGACACAGCCGAGGACCUGGUGAACUCCAGCCAGUCACUGCUCGAGUGGUGUCAGAGCAUUACCAGUGGGUACCGGGGGGUAAAGGUCACAAAUUUCAGCACAUCCUGGAGAAACGGGCUGGCCUUCUGUGCCAUCCUACACCACUUUCAUCCGGACAAAAUAGAUUUUGACCAGUUGGAACCUCACAAUAUCAAGCUCAACAAUAAGAAGGCAUUUGACGGUUUCGAGGGGCUGGGAAUCUCGCGCCUGUUGGAGCCCUCCGACAUGGUCCUUCUGUCUGUGCCUGACAGGCUCAUAGUAAUGACCUACCUCAGCCAGAUCCGCUCACACUUCACCAACCAGGAGCUGAGCGUGCUGCAGAUAGAGCACAACAGCAGUAAGUCCAGUUACGGCGUUGCCCUCACUGGUCCUACUCCCACGAAUGUCGACGCUGCUGCUUUCUGCAUGGCCAGGCUGAAUGAAGGAGUGAGUUUAGAAGAAGGAGGAAGCAGCACGCUGGUGGUCCCGCCACCAAGAGCCAAAAGACAGCUUAAAGUGGAAGAGUCCAUAACCCCAGUCCCACCCCCACGGUCUGUUACAAAGGCAGUCAAGCCUGGGCUGGCUCAGGAUGAAAACACAAAGUCUAACUCUGCAACAGAAAACCCAAAUAAUGCCGAGUUCCAGAGUGCAGUUGAGGCCCAGCCUACAAAACAAGAACAGGAAACAAUGUGUCUGCAGGACACCAGCCAGUACGUGUUGAGUGAGCUGGCAGCAUUGGAGACAGAGCAGAAACAUAUUGACAGCAGAGCUGCAGUGGUGGAGAGACGACUGCGAAGCCUCAUGGAAACAGUUUGUGCAGGAAGUGACCGUGAUGAAGAGGAGAGGCUGAUACAGGAGUGGUUCACUCUGGUGAACAAGAAGAACGCUCUGAUACGUAGACAGGACCACCUGGAAUUACUACAAGAGGAGCAGGAUCUGGAGAGGAGAUUUGAGCUUCUGACCAGAGAACUGCGCGUCAUGAUGGCUAUAGAAGACUGGCAGAAGUCACCUGCUCAGCAGCAGAGGGAGCAGCUGCUCCUCCAAGAGCUGGUGUCUCUGGUCAACCAAAGGGAUGAGAUCAUCAGGGACAUCGACACCAAGGAGAGGAGGGCACUGGAGGAGGAUGAGCGUCUGGAACGUGGUCUCGAAAUGAGGAGGAGAAAAUACAGCAACAAAGACAAAUGUGUGUUACAGUGAGAAGAGAGGACAAGCACAAACAGCUUUUACUACGGAGUCCCUGAAGUCCCAAAAAAGUAUUUUUUUGUUUUAAAUAAAACAGAAACUUUUUUUUAAAGAA